CCGAAACAUUGUCAGAUGAACAAAGUGGGUUUUGUAAUAAUCAAACUUCCCAACUUCAAAAGUCAAGCUUUUUAAACAUUUUUUCUCUCCUCGAGAAUUACGCAACCACAAAAAAGCCCAUAGAUAACUCCGAAUUGAAAAGUUAAAAACAGAGGAGAAGAGAAAAUGACGGCAUCAGGAGGAGGAGGAGGAGGAGGAGGAUCGACGGCAGCGAUGGGGAGGAUGCCGACGUGGAAGGAAAGAGAGAACAACAAGAGGAGAGAGAGAAGAAGAAGAGCCAUCGCAGCUAAGAUAUUCACCGGACUUAGAUCUCAGGGCAACUACAAACUCCCUAAACACUGUGACAACAAUGAAGUCCUCAAAGCUCUUUGCCUCGAAGCUGGUUGGAUCGUUCACGAAGACGGCACUACUUAUCGAAAGGGUUCUCGACCAAUGGACACAGCACCGCCGUGUUCUUCAAUCCAAGUCAGUCCACAAUCAUCGGCCUUUCAAAGCCCAAUUCCUUCGUAUCAAGCUAGCCCAGCCUCGUCGUCUUACCCAAGUCCGACCCGGUUCGAUCACAUUCCAAACCGGUUCGACCCAAACCAAUCCUCGACUUAUCUCAUUCCUUAUCUCCAAAACCUAGCUUCGUCCGGAAACCUCGCUCCUUUACGAAUUUCCAACAGUGCCCCUGUCACACCACCGCUCUCUUCUCCUAGAGGAUCAGCUCCGAGACUCCCGAGAUGGCAAAGCAGUAAUUUCCCGGUCUCAGCUCCGUCAAGCCCAACACGGCGUCUCCGCCACUACACAUCGAUCCCUGAAUGCGACGAAUCAGAUGUUUCCACCGUUGAUUCAUGUCGAUGGGGCAGUUUCCAACCGGUUAACGUUUCUCAAACAUGUCCUCCGUCGCCGACAUUUAACCUCGUCGGAGACGUGUCGGUGAAGCCGUGGGAAGGUGAGAAGAUUCACGAUGUUGGUAUCGAUGACUUGGAGCUAACGUUAGGUAACAACACCAAAGGACGUGGCUAAAACUAAAAAAGUUGAGAAGAGUAAUAUCGUAAUUUUAACUAUUAGACGGGUUUGGUCCGGUACGGGUAUUGGUGUCCGGUUUACCCAUAGCUAAUAGAUUGGUCUUGGUCUUCAUGACUACUACUACUACUGUACAGUCUUUAUCAAAUGCUUCUUCAUCAUCUCGCAAAUCUAAUAUAUAUUUUCAUA